UUCUCCAGUCCCGGCUUGUCGGAGGAUGAGGAGUUCCCGCUGGACAGCCCGGCCUUGGAGGUGUCCGACAGCGAGUCCGACGAGGCCCUGGCGGCGGCCGGAGGGGAGGGGAGAGGAGGCGACGCAGGGGCCCGGAAGAAGCUUCGCCUCUACCAGUUCUUGCUGGGGUUGCUGACCCGCGGGGACAUGCGGGAGUGCGUGUGGUGGGUCGAACCCGGGGCCGGCGUGUUCCAGUUCUCCUCCAAGCACAAGGAGACCCUGGCCCGCCACUGGGGCCAGCAGAAGGGCAACCGCAAGCGCAUGACCUACCAGAAGCUGGCCCGGGCCCUGCGCAACUACGCCAAGACCGGGGAGAUCCGCAAGGUCAAGAGGAAGCUCACCUACCAGUUCGACAGCACCCUGCUGCCCCCCGCGCGGGCGUGAGGCCGCGCCUCCCCGCCCGGCUCCGACUGCUCGGCCGGAGUCCAAGGAGGGCUCCUGCCUGGGCGCUUCCCAGCCUCGUUCCCCCACGCUCUCCUCUGCCAUUUCGGCUCUGACUCCGCCGGAGCUCCAGGGCGCUACUGCCCUCCCGGCCUCAGUUUCUCCCUAAGGGAGUUUGGUCAGAUGGUGUGGAAGGUCACGUGCUGGAAUCCCAGACGGGGCUGAAGGGGGCCUGAAGGGGAGCCGGCCGUGCGGGAAGCCCUUCCGAGGGGGGGGGACCCCGGGGGCGGCGGCGGGGACCCCCCCCAGCAGAACUUCCUCUGGGCUUGCUGCCCACCGUGUGCCUCGGCCGGUGUCCCCGGAGCCCUGCAGCCCCGGGAGGGGGGGGCCGAGAGUGGCCAAUCCUCAGUCAGGACCACGGCCAGGCCCCGCCGCUCCUUCCUACCCAGAGCCUAGAGAGGCCCAGCAGCCACCUGGGGCUGCGCAGGCCGCUCAUUGCCAGUCAUGGACUUUGCAAAUAAAAGAUGA